GGCGGGCGGCGGCAUGGAGGAGCUGAGCAGCGUGGGCGAGCAGGUCUUCGCCGCCGAGUGCAUCCUGAGCAAGCGGCUCCGCAAGGGCAAGCUGGAGUACCUGGUCAAGUGGCGCGGCUGGUCCUCCAAACAUAACAGCUGGGAGCCAGAGGAGAACAUCCUGGACCCACGGCUGCUCCUGGCCUUCCAGAAGAAGGAACACGAGAAAGAGAUACAGAACCGAAAGAGGGGGAAGAGGCCCAGGGGUAGGCCCAGGAAGCACACGGUCACGUCGUCCUGCAGCCGUCGCUCCAAGCUCAAGGAACCCGAUGCACCCUCCAAAUCCAAGUCCAGCAGUUCCUCCUCUUCCUCCACGUCAUCUUCGUCUUCCUCAGAUGAAGAUGACGACAGUGACUUAGAUGCCAAAAGGGGUCCCCGAGGCCGUGAGACCCACCCGGUGCCUCAGAAGAAGGCCCAGAUCCUGGUGGCCAAGCCCGAGCUCAAGGAUCCCAUCCGCAAGAAGCGGGGGCGCAAACCCCUGCCCCCGGAGCAGAAGGCGGCCCGGCGGCCUGUGAGCCUGGCCAAGGUGCUGAAGACUGCCCGAAAGGAGCUGGGGGCCCCAGCCAGCAAGCUGCCCCCUCCACUCAGCGCCCCUGUGGCCGGCCUAGCGGCCCUAAAGGCCCAUGCCAAAGAGACCUGUGGCGGCCCCAGCACCAUGGCCACCCCGGAGAACCUGGCCAGCCUGAUGAAGGGUGUGACGGGCAGCCCCAGCCGUGGCGCCAUCAGCUGGCAGAGCUCCAUUGUGCACUACAUGAACCGCGUGGGCCAGAGCCAGGCCCAGGCGGCCAGCAGACUGGCACUCAAGACCCAGGCCUCCAGCAAGUGCGGCCUGGGGCUGGACCUAAAGAUGAGGACGCAGAAAGGGGAGCUGGGGAUGAGCCCCCCAGGAAGCAAAGUCCCAAAGGCCCCCAGCAGUGGAGCUGGGGAGCAGAAAGGGAGCAGCGCAGGGGGAGGACCCCACACCCAUGGCAGCAGCAAGGUCCCCGCCGGGUGCCCAGGCUCCCAGCUGGCACCCACCCAGGAGCUGAGCUUGCAGGUGUUGGACUUACAGAGUGUCAAGAAUGGCAUCCCUGGAGUGGGCCUGCUGGCCCGCCAUGCCACAGCCACCAAGGCCAUCCCUGCACCCAACCCAGGCACAGGGAAGGGCACUGGGGGUGGCCCCGGUGCUGUGAGUGCAGCCGGCAUGCCCACUGAGGCGGGCAAAGGGGAGAAGCUGGCCUCCAGAGCAGCAGCACUACCCACCCCUUCAGGCAAGAGGGAGAACAUCAAGAACAGCUCUGCCCCCGGUGGGCAGGACAGCCACGCAGCCCCCGGAGAAGUCCGCAAGGCCACCAUGCUGUCGGAGAUGAGCACUGGUGAGGAGAACAGCAGCUCAGACUCGGACCCUGACUCGGCCUCGGUGCCAGGUGCUGGGCAGAGUCUGUCAGUGUCCGUCCAGACCAGCCAGGACUGGAAACCUACCCGCAGCCUCAUCGAGCAUGUGUUUGUCACUGACGUCACAGCCAACCUCAUCACUGUCACGGUGAAGGAGUCCCCCACCAGCGUGGGCUUCUUCAACCUGAGACAUUACUGAGGCCCUGGGCCGCCCUUACCCAGAGCUCCCACUCACCCAGGUCUGACCCCUUCUCCCUCUUUGCCUUUGGUGAAGUGCGGCCUGCCACCCCACAGCUAAGGGGAGGUCUGCAGGGGUCUCCUGCACCACCGGCUUGAAGACCUCCCUCCAGACCCUGCCCUGGGGCUUAGGGCUGCCUCCUCGCCUUGCUGGGGCCUGGCUUCCCUGUGUUCCUACCUCUUCAGGCCUCCCUCGCCCCCAUCGCCUCAGGAAGUCCAAGUGGCCCUGGGGCUCAAGCCCCUGCCUGCUCACUGCAGGUCUCCACAUGAGUUUGGGUGCCCCUUCCUAGCCUGAAAUGACAGCACUCAGACCUGCCUUGUUCCCAGGGAAGGGAUCAGGGGGGGCUUCUGGCACAGCUCACUGUUCCCCCACAGGGGUGGGCAAAGUAGAGUGGGGUGGGGGCCUGGGCAUCCUUAGGCCCGGCACCAGCCUUCAGAAGAUCAAAUAGGGCAGAGAAGGGGCCUGUGGGCAGGAACCCCAGCCAGAGCUGAGCCUGAGCCUUUAAGGACAAGGCCGAGACCCUGCCCCAGGAACUGCAAGGACAGGGUCAGAAAGCAAGGUCAGGAACCCCAAAGAUGUUGGAUUUAGCACCCUCUGACCCUGAUUCUGAGUAACAUCUCCAGCCCGAGUUGGCUCUGGAGUCCAGCAAGGGUCCAGGUCCUCUAGAGUACACCCGAGUUCCCAGGGUUGGAGCCUCUGGCCUGGGGGAGGGGACAGACAGGCCAGGAAGCUGAGAAUAAGAGUUGGGCCAACAGGCUUUAUGCAGGGGGCGCCCUUAGCAGGCAGCUGGAUUCACCAGCCUAGUCCGGUGGCCCAUGGACUGGCUGCCAGCCACAGGACAAUGGGGAGUGCAAAUGUUUGCCCCAAGUCCAUGGCCCUGACCCAGUGGAUAGGCCACUCCUCAGGUGCCACUUUCCCUGACAAUCCCCACACACACAGACACACCUUUGGGGGUUCCAUAUUCUGCUUCCCACUUGAGAAGCAAUCUCCCAGUGCCAUUGUGGAUGUGGGACAAAGUCUGAGCAGCCUGCCUAGCGGAGGGCCUGUUCCGUCCCCUCCAAGAAACAAGAUUUCUGAACCCACCCGAGGGCCUUCUCCCUGUCCCACCUCAGUGCUGAGUCUCAGAGCCGCCUUGCUAGGUUUCUGGUCCAUGCUGGGAUGUCAGCAGAAAGGUGGGCAGGAGGUGGCUGUGGUAGGCAAUCUGAUUGAUGUGAUUUUGUGAUGCCAAAAAGAAGUCUGGGGGAGGUCUGGAACUGUCACCAGCCUGCAGAGGACCUCUUGGCUCCAGCCACCUUGCAGAGAGGAGCUGUCCUUCCUCAAGCCAGCCUGCCUAGGGGCUUACCAGGCUUCAGGACCCCCAGAUCCUCACCCCCACACCAAAUAGGAAGAGAUGGCCUUUGUGUAGCCAGAUUGACCUCAACAGUGUGCCUUUGGGGACAGAACAUGUCCAUCACUGCACUGAGGGUCAUCCAGGUCCAACUGGCAGGAAGUGCUGCCUGCAGCAGGGAUGGAGCCCACCCUGCGGGCUCCUUGGCUGACUCAAGCUUUGCAGCUUCUUUUCUGCCAGGCACUGUACUGCCUUAGAGGUUCCUCUAAGCUCUUGAGAGGAACCUAGAGUCCCACUAGCUGUUAGCAAAGUAGGGGUGUUUGUCCCUGGGUGUCUGGGCUGACCAGCCUUGUCCCCAGUUGCCAAGUCUCUCCAGACCCCAAUUUGGUGCCUUUCUUUUUACCAGCUACUUCAAUCCCAAAGCUUAAAUCUGCAAACACCUUCCCAGCCACUCUGCCUUCUUGCUGUGUUGCGUGUUGUGACCCCAGUGUUUUACGUUAAAGAGCGUGUGUGCGGGUGCAAGAGUCCCAGCUGGAGAGGUGCACCAGAAGCUCCAAGCUGGUCAUUUAUGUUUACCAAUAAAUAAAAGUAGUUCUUUUUAUAUUUUCA